GGAGAGGGAGGGAGGGAUCACAGCCCAGCGGGAGAGAGGGAGGGAGCAGCACCGGGGAGGGGGAGGGGGAGGAGUGGCAACACGGAGAGGAAUAGGGAGACAUAUCUGGAUUGAGCAGAGGCGAAAGGGACGGGCAUCUGGAGCGGGAAGGGGGUGAAGCCAGUGAAGCCCAGAAUCACAACUGGCUGAAGUGUUUCUUGGGGCUGGAGAGAAGCACAAGCGGCUCCCGCUGUCGGGUGGGUUGAAGGAAACGGAAGACCCGAGGACCAGAGUGUCAGGAUGGUGUCUCUGAAAGGGACUGUGAUUCUGCUGCUGCUGUUCCUCAGCAGCCUGUUUGGCAGCGUCUUCAUGCUGGGCCCGCUACUACCCCUCAUGCUGGUGUCCUUGCCGUGGUAUCGCUGGGUCACCGACCGUGUUGUGGCUGUGUGGUUCACCUUCCCUGUGGCCCUGCUGGAGAUGGUGUUCGGUGUACGAGUGGUGAUCACGGGCGACGGCUUCAUCCCUGGCGAACGCAGCGUGAUCAUCAUGAACCACCGCACUCGUCUGGACUGGAUGUACCUGUGGAACUGCCUGCUCCGAUACAGCUACCUCCGCAUGGAAAAGAUCUGCCUCAAGUCAUCACUCAAAGCCAUCCCGGGCUUUGGCUGGGCAAUGCAAGUGGCAGCGUUCAUCUUCAUCGAGCGGCAGUGGGAGAAGGACCAGGACCACAUGAAGGUCAUGCUGGACUACUUCUGUGACAUCCGGCAGCCCCUGCAGCUGCUCAUGUUCCCCGAGGGCACCGACCUGACAGCUUCCACCGUGGCGCGGAGUGAUGGGUUUGCUGAGUCCCGAGGCCUCCCCAAGUACGAGUACGUUCUCCAUCCCCGCACCACCGGCUUCGCCUUCAUCGUCAACCAGCUGCGCGAAGGGUCCAACGUGGAUGCGAUCCAUGAUGUGACAGUGGCCUAUCCCUACAACAUCCCGCAAUCUGAGAAGGACCUUUUCGGCGGCAACUUUCCCAAGGAGAUUCACUUCCACGUCAGGCGGCACGCGGCUGCCAGCCUCCCCGUCACCCUGGAGGGGCUGCAGGAGUGGUGCGAACAGUGCUGGCAGGACAAGGAGAAGCUGCUGCACAGCUUCUACCAGGGAAACCGCUCCUUCCGGGGCCUGGACGAGGAACUGAGUCCGCAGCAUUCCCCGGACCAGAGUCCGACACGGAGCGCGAAUCAGGAGCAGGAUCAGGAUCAGAGUCCAGAUCAGGAACAAGACCAGGGUCCGGAUCAAAAUGAGGAUCACAAUGUGGCAGUCCCAGACCAAAGCCGGGAUCAGGGCCAGAGCCACCGGCGCAGGUGGGCUCCAAACUGGGGUAGGUUUCGGCGUCGGGAGCGGCCGAGGCCGAGUGAGAGCCGAGACGAGGCAUGGCAGGUGGUAAACCGGGGCCGGCGCAGGGACCAGAGGCAGCAGCCGCCACGGGGCAGCAGGGUGCCUCCCUGCAAGUCUAGGGGCAGAGUCUUCCUCAUCAAGCUGUUCUCCAUGGUGUACUGGACAGCGUUUGUAGCGGGCAGCGUCGUGCUGCUGUGGUCCUACACGCUGGCGCGCUGGUACUUCUCCACCAUGGCCAUCCUCUUCAUCCUGCAGGAGCGGCUGUUCGGGGGCAUCGAGAUGAUGGAGGUGGCGCUGCACAGGAGGCGCUCUAAGAAGCACUGACCGACCACCCACCCGCCGGCCUUCCCGUCCACCCGCCGGCCUGCCCCGCCCAAUGCCGGGACUUCCCACCGCCCGGCCAAUCCCAGCAAUUCCCGCUGCAGCCAAUCCCUGGGCUACAGCCACGGGUCCUGCCAACCGCUGGGCUACCCUCCCUCCCCCCCCCCCCCCCCCAUCCGUCCGUCCACCCAAUGCCAGGACUCCGGCCACAGGUUCAGCCAAUCCUGCCCCCCACCCCCAACCCGGCCCAUCCAAUCCUGCCCCCACCCUCAUCCGUCCACCCAAUCCUGCCCCCCACCCUCACCCGGCCCAUCCAAUCCUGUCCCCCCACCCCCUCCAUCCGUCCAUUCCCAUCCAUCCAGCCAGUCCCGGGGCUUCCCCACAUUCAUGCUCCGUCCUUCACGCGUUUGAAAAUCAAAAGCUCCAGAUGCCUGAAUUCUGAAAUAACAAAGUCCGGUCAGGCGGCGUCCCUGGAGAGAGAAGCAGAGUGGGGGAAGCUGUCGGCAGCCGCCUGCCGCUGUACAGUUGCUGCCUGAGAGCUGGGACUGUUCGGGGUGUGUCGGAGAGAGGGAUGUGCUGCACUACAUGGCCAGUCGCUGGGUUCUGUCUCCAGAUCCAACGACAAUUACACCAGCCAGGACACUCAAAGCAAAAGCUCGGGCGCAGAGCGCCGUGGAAGCUGCAAACCCAGAGAGCACCUUCGCUUCGGCACCUCACCUGCUCUAGCGCUGGGAUUCAGCAAAUCUCUGUCAAGCAUCAGUGGAAUAACAGUUCUAUGCCUGUCCCCAGCGAGGGUCAGUGUGUGUGUGGGACCCGUCUCCCAGUGGGGGUCAGGGUGUGUGGGUCUGUACUGUGUAAAACAAAUAUGUUCCCACUGGUUUGUCCUAUGUCUAGGUUUGCACAUGUGUUCCAAUGUGUUUGUGCCCUCUCUGCCCUUUCCUCUGUCGCUCAGGUCUGGUGCCUGGUUGGGACUCACGGGGGUCUGAGAUACUGGGUUGUAUAACCUGAGUGAGCAGGUUAUGUGGAGAGGGGGUGCCUCUGCCAGCUGCUGCUGCCGUGGGUGGGCAGGGCGGAUGGCUGGCUUCCUGACUUUUGUUAUGGGGGGGGGGGGGGGGGGGAUCUCCGUUUGCUUGUGAUCGGUCUCUCUGGAGCUCUGCUGAUGUGAGAGCCGCCCGCUGGCUUCACUUUAUACACGGAUUGUAUACUUUUUAUGACAAGCACUGACACCAAUAAAUAACUUCACUUCA